UGUCAAUGCAUGAGAAAACACCAUGAUUUGCCAAACAUUUCAACAGCCUAUAUCUGUGGAUGUACUGAUCAUUUAGAAAUGCAGUUUUGGCUGAAGCAGCUGAGUGCCAAGAAGGUGAUGUAACAAACGAUAAGAAGCAACUGCCCGCUGCUUCAGAGAGAAGAACAACAUCAGGAUGGCAGUCAAAGAUACUGAUGCAGAAACUGACACGCAAACUAUUCAGGUAAAGUUUCAGGCCACAGGUUCAGGUUUAACCACAGAGGUUACUGUGAAUACUCAUCAUGGACCAGGAUAUGCUGAAAACAAGAUAAGAAUCACAUUGUCCUCUGCAAAAACAUCACUACAAUUCACCACCAUGGAAGGUCCAGAGUGCAACAUCGCCCCUUUGGGGAAUGCCAGGAAGAGGAAAGCCUGUCAGAUAUCUCAAGCAGAAGAGCCUACAUUCAGCUCCACACAGAACUUCCAGCCUGAAUGCUAUAUACAGAAAAAUGAGAAGUGUCACGGCUUUUUGCACAAAUCCAAAUCCCAGGGUUCCCCGCACCCUCUUGCUGAUCAGCAAAGGGCCUCCUCUUCCACUGUUAAGACUCUCUGUAAAAAUAAGAAGUCUUGGACAGAACAACAUGCUAAAAAACCUUCAAAUGUUCAAAAGGGAAAGCAGGGUAAGCAGACCAGGCCAAGAGUUACAAAGAUGAAGGCUUCCUCGGCCAAGACCAUCAAUGAAGAUGCAUCGGAAGUGAGAAAUAAAGAUAAUCCCGCUCCAGUAGAAGAACAAGUUACACCUGUACAGCAACACCCCACUGAGACAUGCACUCACUUCCACUGCACUUAUGAAUAUUCCAGCAAUGCUUGGGGGCUGACUUGGUUCCUAAAACUCUUCUCUCGUUAAACCUUCCAGUUCCAGCUCAUGCAAUAAACACGGCAACAAGCA